ACUAAUAAGCGUGUGUCUCGGUACGAGCGCCGUGUUAAUAGAGCGACGAUGUGCAACUCGACAAUCGCAGCCGUGGGCUGCGCGUACAUACUCGGAAAGAAUGUUUCCGAUGAGGAGGGAUUCGACGAGGCGGACAGCUCCAUGGAGUCCUCGUCUAGCUUUCUCACAACCUCGGACCCCGAGGUUUUCAACCCAAUAAACUUCCUACUCUGGCUGUUAUGGACUCUUAUAGUCGGCGGUAAUAUCCUAGUCAUGUCCGUAAUCAUUAGAGACAAGGAACUUCUACUAAAACCCGCCAAUAUAUUCAUCUUGAACCUUGCAGCCUCCGACCUGUUGGUGGGGAUUAUCUCCAUGACUUUUCAGAAUAUCUGGCAGCUCAAAGAGGACUGGAUUUUCGGGGAGCUCAUGUGUAAGUGCUGGACCAUCGUGGACUUCUCCGCCGCUACCCAGUCCGCCUUCGCCAUCGUGCUCAUUAGCUUCGACCGUCUGAUGCUCGUCUCCACGGGUCUGAAAUACAAGCAGUACAUCACUAUUCCCAAAACAUGCAUCCUGGUCAUUGUGACAUGGGUCAUCUCCCUCCUCAUAAACGCCAUUCCUAUUUUACUCUCAGAUAAGCUGUUCGGCCCCUGGGUGAACUACUCUAACGAGUGCGAUUUCGGGGUGUCGUACCAACUCGGAUACCAAUGGCCAAUGUUCGUUCUGUCUUUCAUUGUACCUAUUGUGCUCGUGGCAUUUUUCAAUAUAACCGUCUAUAAUAACAUUCGGCAGAGAGCGAGACGUUUCCAGGGCAGGAGUACUUCUGACUUUAAGAAACAUCGCAAGGCGGCUGUCACCUUAGCCUUAAUCGUAGGGGUGUUCUUGAUCUGCUGGGUGCCAUAUUGGAUUAACAAAUUCGCCCAAAUCAUUAACAUAGACAAUCUUGACAACAAAGUGUUGUCAGAUGCUUUAGCGUACUUACUGUGGUCCAACAGCGCCAUUAACCCCUUUCUGUACGCGGUGACGAACCCGCGGAUAAGGUCCGGCAUGCUGCACAUUUUACGCAAACCGUUACCGAAGAGGUGGACUGCGAACAACAGACGACAGCGAGGAACACUCGAUUACAACCUUGGCGAGACGAAUAUGACAAAGAUAACCCGUCAAGAUGGGGAUUAAUGGGGUUUGAUCCUGGAGACAUUUGUACAGGCGGGGAGUGUGUGUUGUGUCUACAAGGCGAGUAAUACGCAACGUGGGUUGCUAUCUUCUGAUGAAGGCGGUUGGUAUCCUCAUCCGUGAACUACUUGUUGCGACGCGUCUGCUCCAUCUCAUCCCUGCCCGUAAAUGUGUAUUCAUGUGUGUGAGGGUGUUUUUUACAGUGAAAGGUAACCGUUUUAGUUUUUAAUCACGAACCAACGGGGUUGAAAGAAUGUAAGUAGGUCAAUUAAUUAACGCAACACCAAGUUUAUAACAUGUAUUACCCAGCAUGUACGCACCAAGCGUGUGUUGAAGCUGUACAAAUCUACAAAAGCCAUACAACCUUCGGCAUUUAUUAAUUUAAUUAUAAGCUUAAUACAAAGUCCCACGGACAUGCUUUGUUACCCGCAAGAAUCCUAUUAAUAUAAUGAAAUAUUCAUACAUACGUUGAAAAGCUUAAAAUAUAAUCGUCUAUAUACAAUAAUCUUCCCCAUGGCGAGGGUUAGCUUUUGUAUAAAAAAAAGUGUAAACAUCUCCGUCCUUGUAAUAUGAAAAUCCUGUCAAAUUAAUUAAUUUCAAGAACUGAUAAUAGACUCCCCACUUAUGCUUAAUAUCGUGAGUUGGUUAAAAGCAUAAGAUAUGUAGGUUGGACAAAGCAAUUUGUAAUUUGAAAAGAACGACUCAAUGUUCAAAUCAAUAAUAAUAUUGAUGAGAUUGUGUACACUCAGAAAAAAUUAAACUGUCAGUACGAAAGGGCACCUUUGUAUAACUACUGGUACAGGUCACUUGAGUAUAAUUCCGUCAGAUAUACUGCCAUCUCCGUAAUGAAAUUGAGUAGACACCCAAUUCCAGGAGAAAUAAGCUUGCAAAACAACAAUUUUAAAAAAGGGCGCCUCAGCGUGUCAUGCCCACAUGUAAUUGAUGCCUUUUUUUGGAGCGUAUAGGUUUGUGUUCCACCAGUUCGUGACACGCGUGUCCCUGUGCAGGGCACUUAACUAUAAUUGCUCUCACUUUAGAGUUGGGCAGUACUCUUUUAUGCUUGUUCUGUAAUGCCUGCAUUACAGAAAAGAUAUUAAAAAAGAGAGACAGAUAGAGAGAUAAGGAAUUGACAGUGAAAUUGCUCAACAGUCCAACAGUCACCUUGCACGUGAACAGUACACUCUGAAGAUACCUUGUAUAAACUAAGCUGUUUCUUCUUCUUCUUUAAGGAAGUGGACACUAUUGGUAAUUGUCAAAGACUAGCCUUUACAGCU